AUGUUACAAAAGUAUUUUAUAUUAUUGUUUAUUUUUCAAUUCUUAAUUGAAAUAAAUUGUCAAACAUUUCCUUCUAUAGAUAAGGAACGAAGCGAACAUACUGCAACGCUUAUUGAUAAAAAAUUAUAUAUUUUGGGUGGUCUCUCAACUAAUAAUGUUGGGAAAGAUUUUUUUUAUUUCGAUUUUUCUGUCCCGUUUAAUACUCAAAAUUUAUUAAUAAAAGAUUUAUCAAGCAUUAAUACUAUUCCUUCACAUUUCGGUGCUGGGUCCGCAAGGGGUGGUGCAAUUAAUGAUACGUUGUUCAUAAUCGAAAAUGCAGGAGCUAUUAAGUUGUCAUCUGUUCACACAUUUAAUCCGCAAAAUAAUUCAUGGAAUACUCCAGUAACAACCGGUGUAAUACCUAUUCUUUAUGAUGCUUCAAUAGGAACUAUCGACCAUGAUGGAAAAAUGUAUUUCUGGGAUGGAAUUGGUGAUAUUAUCGCCAUUUUAGAUACAAAAAAUUUAAUUUGGGAAACGAGGAGUUCAAUUGGUGCACCAAAUAUUGGAUUGAAAAGUGCUACCACUUUAUUACCUAAUAAUAAGAUAAUCUAUAUAGAUAGUAGUGCCAGUAGUUUAAUAAAGGUUUAUAUAUAUGAUAUAAUAAAUGAUACUUGGAGUACGAAAAUAACUUCGGGAACAAUGCCUCCUAAUAAACUAGGAGCAUCCGCUGUCCUUGGAUUAGACGGUCAAAGGGUAAUCAUUUAUGGAGGUUCUAGUAAUGCCAAACCUGUAGAUUCAUCACUUUAUGAAUUAAAUUUAAUAAAUUAUGAGUGGCGUAUUCCGAAAACUUCUGGGAAAACUCCAGCGUCCCGAACUUCACAUCGAGCAAAUGUAAUUGGAAAAUAUAUGGUUGUAUCAUUUGGAUUGGGUUAUAACGAAUCAGAAGAAAAUGAUAUUCUAUUACUUGAUAUUAGCAAUAAAGAUGAAUAUAUUUGGACAAAUGAAUAUGAUCCUACAUCAUCAAAUAUAUCAGCACAAUCAUUUAAUGAACCAUCAAAAGUUAAUGUAAAUAUUACAGGCGCUAUUGUAGGAUCUUUGAUUGUUUGUGCUUUAUUUGUUUUCGCUUUAUAUAUGUGGAAUAAAAGGAGUCAAGCUGAAAAAAAUAUUUUUAAUCACGGACAAGGAAUAGUAGCAUCACCUGAUAAUGGAAAUAUUCAUAAUUAUGAACUAGAAUCAUCCAACAAUGUAAAUAUUCAUAAUCAUGGGCGAGAAUUUGUAGAAUCAUCCAAUAAUGAAAAUAUGCACAAUCACGGACAAGAAAUAGUAGAACCACCUAGUAAUGAACGUAUAUUUAAUCAUGGACGAGAAAUAGUAUAACUGGUAACUCAAGAUCCAGUAAUAAAUAGUAGUUACAAUCGUUGACAUUAUUAACAUUAUGAUAUGUACAAGAACUUGAACGAGAGAUCCAAGACUGAAACAAACAAUAAGGCAUGAAUAAAUUCGGAUGUUAUUAUCAAACAAAUCAAAAGAAUAAUGCGGUAUUCCCAUCUCAAUGUGGUAUGUAAUUUUGUUUGAAUUACUAAAUUAUUGUUUCCCAAACAAACCUUUAUCUGUUAUAUUUUUUUCUUAACAUUAAAC